UCUCUUCGGGACCCCGGAGUCGUCUCCGGCCGAGAGCGGGUGGACGUCCCAUCCCCGCUGCCCCGAGGCCUCCCGGUGCCCGGGCCACUGCGAGCGGCCUCCUGGAGCGGCUCCAGCGUGCGGCCCCGACCCCUGGGCGGUGCUGCUCCGGCCCGGACACGGCCCACGGAGGCCUCGGGCGGAGGAGGCUGGAAAAGAGGCCAGGCGGCGGGAAAGGGGGAUGAUUCAUCCCCGGGAGCCCGAAUCGGAAACACCGCAAUCUGGGAACAGCCUUGCCUGGGCCGACGAGGGAUCCGGGAGGACAGUCUGUCCCGCGAGGAGCUGCGUCCCGCACUGGCAGUCCCCUGCCUCCAGCCCCGGUCCUAGCCCGGCCGUGGGGGAAGGGGGAGGCCUCUUCUGGAGGAGUGGAAAAGAAUCCUGGACAAAGUCCGCCGCUGCCUCCUCUGCUCUGACUGGCUGGUCUCGGCCAGAGCGGUCUUCCCAGAGUCUAGCUCAAGUCUCUCCUGCUGCAGCUCCAGUGCUGGCUGAGGAAGUCUGCAAGGAGUGGGCGAGCAAGCAGAAGCCGGAGUCAGAGACACCCCCGGCGGCCCUCGCUGCGAGCGCCCGGACGAGCGCGCGAUGACGGCCGGGAGCCCCGGAGACGGCGGCGCGCGCAGGAGCCCCGAGGGCCGCGUCUCGCGCCUGGGCCGCCGCCUGGGCCGGCGCCGGAGACCGCGCUCGCCGCCAGAGCCGCUGCGGGUGCGGGCACGGCUGCGGCUGCGCUCGCCGUCGGGGGCGUUCGCGGCGCUGGGCGCGCUCGUGGUGCUGGUGGGCAUGGGCAUCGCCGUGGCGGGCUACUGGCCUGGCCGCGCCUCCCACGCCCCGAGGACCGGCCGCGCGCACGGGCCCCACGAACGCCUGCGGCUGCUGGGGCCGGUGAUCAUGGGCGUCGGCCUGUUCGUGUUCAUCUGUGCCAACACGCUGCUCUACGAGAACCGGGACCUGGAAACGCGGCGGCUCCGCCGGGGCGUGCUGAGGGCGCAGGCGCUGCGGCCGCCCGACGGCUCUGGCUGGGACGCGCUGCUGCCCAGUCCGGCGCCUGGGUCCCCGGGCACCGUCGCGGAGCCCGAGACUUGGGACCUGGCCCCGAGGAGGGGUCCCUCGCCCGUCCCUUCGGUGCGCAGCCUUCGGUCCGAGCCUGCCAAUCCUCGUUCUGGGUUGCCCGCGCUGCUCCACGGCUACCCGUUGAAGGGCCCUGGGCUGCCACCACCCUGGGGUCCUCGGACUCAGACUGGCCACGUGAUCAUCACGGUGCAGCCCUCUGGUUCCUGCAUUGAGCACUCCAAGUCUCUUGACCUGGGCCUGGGGGAGCUUCUCCUGGGAACCCCAGCCACUCGGGACUGUGCCCACCGAAGUUGGCCACGGCUGGACAGACUCAGUCUGGGGGGCUAUGCCAAAUUGGGUGGAGACUUGGGGGCCCGGGUCUGAGGUGCAAGGGAUAACCUGCUGUGAGGCUACCAGCGUGGACCAUGGGACCAGGACACCAGAAGUCCAGUGUCCACUAGCUGCUUCAGUCACCUCUGAGGCUAGGAUGGAUGCUGCGGUGACAGCAGCCGCUCAGCCUCCUGACCUGCAUGUGUCGAGAGCAGUGCCAGCUGCACCGGCCAGCCUCAGGGGCGUGUGUUAAUGUGGACACCAGCAUGAUUCAGCCUCAGGAAUUUCUUCAGCCCAUGUGGCCUUAGCCCCUGGACAGGUACCUGAGGGGCUGCAGGCUAGGCCAGGAGCAUCCAGAGAUGCGCGGGUACCUUGGCUAAGGCAACAGUGGUAGGUUGGGAUGUCUCAGGCUGGGACAGGCUCCCUCCAAGGUGGCAGUGGUGAUGGAGGUGGGACCUCCAGGUAGAAGGUGGGCGAUCAAGUGGAACAGAGACUCUCUGCAGCUUUCUGGGGCCGUGACUGCAUCUCUUACUGCCACUUCAGGCCCAUUCUUCCUCCAGCCACGUGGGCUAUCCCGGCAGGGCUCACUACUGCCAGUGCCCUGCUCCUGGGGUCAGACAGCUCCCCACAGAGACAGGUCGGUCUCACUUUCGUCUGGCUCUUGCCGCAAAGUCUCCCCCAGUUGGCAGAAGGCACCCGCCAGUUCUCAGCAGUUACUUCCACAGCCCGGAGCUGCACUCGGGCCAAUGUGGGCAGCUUAGUGCACACACAGUGGCUCCCCUUCCCAGUUUUAAUUUUUUUCCAUGCUUUUGUUAGAAAUUUUAAAGUGGAUCAAUCCUCACAGAAGUUUUUUUUGUCAUGUUUAUUGAAAAAUGCCAUACAAGAAGCAAGACCAAACACUUCGCUAAAACACUCAGCCACAUCUGUCGCUAUGAAAGGUGCAAACGGCACCUAGGGUUUUCCAGUUGGCUCUACCGCCAUCGUUCCUAUUCCGUCAAAUGUAAACAACUACUUGAUAUGAUUCAUAAUUUUUAGAAAAAUUUACAAAGCUCCUUCAUUUUUGUCAUCAAAAUAAUAAUAAUCUGAGAGAGAUUUAUAAAAACAGCCUGGGGCUUAUAUUUCCCAUCAGCAUUGGAGGUGCCGGCUAGGCCAUAACUCUGCGGCCUGCCAGCCCCAUCUGCUCAGCAUCCCCCAGAAUACACUGCUGGCCUGGGGGAGGGUCCCUGGAGUUAGCCUCCUUGGGCCCUCAGCUUAGGAAUAUAGGGCUCGCUUUGUGGGUGGGUGGCAGAGAUCUCAUGUGGUUUGAAGGAAAUCUACUUCUGGAGUAAAAAUAAAACUGCAGUUGGGUUUGUUACUGUGCUUGCCUGAGUCACUUUGGGAAAAUUCCUGCCAAGUCCCUGACCCUGGAGAUGGGACUCCCCUCCCCCUCACUACUUCUACCUGGACAGAGUCUGUUCUUCACACCAACUACAGAAAGAAAAAAAAAUCCAAACAAUUACUAUAUCCCAAGAUCUGUUGCCAGAGCAGCAAAGGAGGGAGAGGAGGCCUGGAGGGAUGUCAGAAUUCUGGUCCAAUUUCCAGACAAAGGCAGCAGAGAGGAGCAGAGGUCAGGUACCCAGGUUUGAGGUCCUGAUGAGGAUAGUCCAGAGCACAGCGCUCAAUGGGCAGGCGGUCCCUCUCUUCCUCCUCCUGGGUCUCAGACCUGGAGUCCAUGCUAACCCCACUCCCAGCACAGCCUCCUCUGGCUCAGUCCCACCAGGCCCCGUACCACACUCUGCAGGUUUG